AUGGAAAAUAUUAUAAAUAAAUUAAAACAUUUAGGAAAACCUUUAACCGAAAAUAAAAAUGAAAAAAAGGUUGAAGAAAUUGUUGAUAAUAUAUUAUUUCCAAUUUUAAUAAAAGACAGAACAACUAGAGAUUUAAAAGGAAAUGGAGGAUUUGAUUUUUUAGCAAAAGAUAAAGGUAUACAUCAACAAUUGUUACCUAAAUUGGAAGAACUUUAUAAAAAACCCCAAAUAAUUGAAAUUAAUUACAAUGAAGCUUUUCUGGUUAAAAUAGAUGAACAAUUUUGGAAUGAACUUUUUUGUUUGGAAAAAGGAGUUGAAAAACACGAAAAGGAUGAUAAGGAUAUUAAUUUAUUUUUUGAUAAAUAUAUUGAUAAAUUAGUAGAAGGGGGAAAUAAACAAAUAUUUGAUUUGAAGUACUGGAGUGUUUUUAUUGAUAAAAAGAAUGAAUGGAUUGAAAAUAUUGUUAAAAAAUAUUUUAUUGAAGGAGAAAAUAAUUUUGAAAAUAUGUUAAUUCAACAAAUUUCUUCCAAUAAAAGAAUUAAAACAAUUAAUAAAGUUAUCAAAAAUUUUGAUAAAAAUUUAUCUUUGAUUGGAGAAAUGAUUGUUGGAAAUUAUUUUAUUUUUGGAGAAGAACCUACAAAUGCAGAUAUUUGUUUAUUUGCUGUAUUAAUUCAAUUCUUUGAAGGCCCUUUUUUGAAUAUUCCACAACUUGAUUACUUUUUCCGAUUAAAAGGAUCUUCAAAUAAUGUUGGAAGUACUAGUCAAGUUUAUAACCAAAAAGGAAAAGGUAAAGAAAUUAUUAAAAAUGAAGAAGAAGAAUUGAAUGACUUUAAAUAUAAUAAAGAAGAGAUACCAAAUGAAAUUGAAAAAGAUGAAAUUGAAGAAGAAAAAGAAAUUAUUGAGAAUAAAGGACUUAUAAUUGAAUUUGAAGAUGAUAGAAUUAAUAUUUUAUUUAAUUUUGUACAAAAUAUGAAGAAAAAAUUAGGUUUUAAUGAAGAAAGUGAUUGGCAGAAUUUGAGAGAACAUCCAUGGGAAUUGAAUUAUGAACCUGAGGAUUUUUCACAAAAAAGAUAUAUUGGUCCAUUCCAAAUAGAAACAGAUGAAUUACUUGGAAUAAAUAAAUUACUUUUUUAUGAAAGAAUAAUUGAUCUCUGGUCAUUAAUUACUCGCAAAAAAAGAUUUGAAAAAAAUAAAAGAGAUAAAUUAUGGAAAAAAAUAAUAAGAAUAAUAAAAGGCAAAGCAAAACCUUCAAUAGGGGAUUUUGACGAAUUAAUACAAAAAAUUUUAGAAAAAUUAAUUUCAUAUAUUCACAGCACUUUUUGGGAUUAUAUUAAAAUUAAAUAUUAUGGAACAAUAACUCUAAAUUGUUUAGCUAGUUAUUUGUGUAAUUUGGGAAGAGGAAAAACUUUACAGGAGGGGGAGGAUUGUAAAGAAUAUUUUUUUGAAAAAGUAAAAAAAUAUGGGGAAAUUGUUUUUAGAGAAAUUGAAAUAUUUAAUUUAAAUUCUGCCGAAAGUUUAAAAGAAAAAAAGAAAGAAAUAGCUUUAACAUCUAUUCAGCAAUGUUAUAUUGCUGCUAAAAUAUCUAAUGAAUCAAUUAAAGAAAUUAAUGAAUUAAAAAUUAAUGAAAAUAUAAAUGAAGCUAUUAAACAAUUAAAUAAUGAUGAAGAAGAAGAGAGAAGAAAUUAA